UACCCGAGUUUUUACUUAAAAUAAAGGAGGAAGAUGAAAAAGUGAUGAGAUUCUAAACAAACAUAGAUAUACUCAUAAGCGCCACACUAACCGCAUUGAGUUCAUAAAACAAAGUUUAAUUAACCUUCCCACUUAAAGACGAUGAAGAAACCUCCUCCUCCCCUUAAACCAUUUAUCUAUCUUCUUGUUUCUUUGAAAGAUUCUUGUAGUAUAAAUCUCCUUGGAAUCUACAAAGCACCACCACAAAACUCACUUUUGUCUUUCUCCUUGACACUCUCUCUGUCUCAGUCUAUCUAUCUAACGGCCCGAAACUAAAAAUGUGUUCUCACCGAUGCUUUCUUUUACUCAUCUUCUUCCUCGCUUCACAUUCUUCCGUUACUUCAAGAAUCUUGCCAAAGAUCUCCGUGACCACUACAACUACUCUCGAUGUCACUGACUCCAUUCGCAAAACGAAGGAUGCGUCGUCGUUUCGGUUAAACCAGCAAGAAGAACACAGUCAGUAUCCUACUUCAUCUUCAUUUAGCUUGCAGCUUCACUCACGAGCUUCCGUCCGAGGAACCGAACACCCAGACUACAACUCUCUCACACUAGCCAGACUCCACCGUGACUCAGCCCGAGUCAAAUCCCUCACGGCUCGUUUAAAUCUAGCAAUCAACAACAUAACCAGAUCCGAUCUCAAGCACACAAUGUACACCACGGAGCAGGAAGAGAUCGAAGCUCCUUUAAUCUCCGGCACGACUCAAGGAAGCGGCGAGUACUUCACACGCGUGGGGAUCGGAAGCCCGGCGCGUGAAGUUUACAUGGUGCUCGACACUGGAAGCGACGUCAACUGGCUACAAUGCGCUCCUUGCGCCCAGUGUUACCACCAAACCGAACCCAUCUUCGAGCCGACAUCUUCCUCCUCUUACGCCACACUCUCUUGCGACGCUCCGCAGUGCAAAGCCCUCGAAGCCUCCGAAUGCAGAAACGCCACGUGUCUCUACGAGGUUUCUUACGGCGAUGGUUCUUACACCGCCGGCGAUUUCGCCACCGAGACGUUCACCAUUGGCUCAGCCUCCGUCGAUAACGUCGCCGUCGGGUGCGGGCACAGCAACCAAGGGCUGUUCGUCGGCGCCGCCGGUUUACUCGGACUCGGCGGAGGUUUGCUCGCUCUCCCGUCGCAGCUCAACACGACGUCGUUCUCUUACUGCCUCGUGGACCGCGACUCGGACUCGUCUUCCACCGUCGAGUUCGGGUCCGAUAUCCCUAGCGACGCCGUCGUGGCUCCGUUGAUGCGCAACCACCAGCUCGACACGUUUUACUACCUUGGACUCGCCGGAAUAAGCGUCGGCGGCGAGAUGCUUGAGAUUCCGGCGUCUUCUUUCGAGAUGGACGAGUCGGGAGGCGGAGGGGUGAUUAUUGACUCGGGAACCGCCGUGACUCGGCUCCAGACCGGAGUCUACGACUCGCUCAGAGACGCGUUUGUGAAAGGGACGACGGAUUUGGAGAGAGCAGCCGGAGUUGCGAUGUUCGACACGUGUUAUGAUCUGUCGGGUAAGACGACUAUUGAAGUGCCGUCGGUGGCUUUUCAUUUCCCCGGCGGGAACAUGUUGGCUUUGCCGGCGAAGAAUUAUAUGAUACCGGUUGACACGGUGGGGACUUUCUGUUUAGCGUUUGCACCGACGGCGAGUUCGCUUGCGAUCAUCGGUAACGUGCAGCAGCAAGGGACACGUGUCGGUUUUGAUCCGGCUAAUUCCCUUAUUGGAUUCUCGGCGAAUAAAUGCUAAGCGUUUAAUA